UCAUGCUCAGGCCGCCAACAGAAGUUUGGUGGCAGGUCCUCGUCACCGCGGCCAGGUGUAUGCCACCAGAGUACACAGGAAUACACAGCAAGAGAGUGGUUGAUCGAAAUGGAGUACUGCGUCUUAGCUUGAACAUUGAAACGUUGAUACAACGUGGCCCGAACUUCCAAUUUCGGUGGCAGGUCCAUGUCGUAUCUGCACGUUGGCGUUUAUACGGUACAGUAAGUACUGCCAUAGGGCUAGUGCGACUGACUAUGUAUAGAGACCGCCACCAAUAAAAUGAUAGUGUUCCUGC